CAGUUGGGGAGAUGGAAGAGGCCACCACUAAUUACUGAACUUUUGGGUUUACAAUACACGGAGUUUGAGAUCAGUUCUAGAUAAAUUUCCAUUGUACUCCUAAAGAUUCCACACCCACACACCCACACCCACGCCUACAUUCCCGCCAUACAUACAAACACUCCCCACACCCACAUGCACCCAUUUCCACAUCACCACCUUCAGCCCCAACAAACGCUUCCAAGUCAAGCCUAUCCCUUCGCACGCAGCAUCCUGGAGCUGAUCAACAAGGGUCUGGUGGAUCGCUGGAUAGAGCAACAGCUGCCGAACGGGACGGCCUGCCUCAGCCCCCCAGGCUCAGACCUGCAGGGGACCAAGCGGCCGCUCUCCCUCACCGACUACUACGGCCUCUUUUUUAUGUACGGCGUCUGCGUGCUGGCGUGGUCACUGGUGCUGGGGGCUGAGAUGCUGGUUGUCACGGUAGAUUCCAAGUGGCGCGUCAGUCUCCCAGGUCUGCUGACACGAACCACCAAAACCACCUCUACCACCACCUAGACAUUCCCGUACCUCGAAGUGCCCGCAAAUAUCGACUGACUAAGACGGCUCGUGGAAGUUAUCUGAUGCCGCCCUGUUUCCCUGCACGGCCACGAGGUUAUGCGAUAAUUACUGCUUCGCAAGGUCUAUAGGCUUCAGCGUCGUAGUGACCUUGUUUGUAGUGAAGAAAACGGAAAGUAGGAAUCCAUCACGUCACAAGAUUGACCGACAAAACAUCACUCUACUGUUUCGUAUUUGGCUACACGAAGUUAAAGGCCGUGUGUGGCUUCUUGUUAUGCACUUUGUCCGCCUUUUCUAAACGUUAAAACAAAAUAAAACACCCCAUUGCUGUCAGAGGAAAUAGGAAACAUCAGGAAGAAAACUUGACACUAACACCACCAUCGCCACGAGUAGUAUCUAACACAAUAAAAAGAACCCAAAUAGUGUAUUUAUCUGUGCACAAAGAAUUAAAAGGAGAGCAAGCAACAAUAUCCCAUUAUUUUAGUCUAGCCACCACCUGAAUUCCAAGAAGAAAGUAAAUAAGUCAAGAUACUCAAUAAUUAUUUGUACAGUCAACCAAAAGCCGGUAGUGAAAUGAGGACAUAAGUACAUCAACUACACUUCCGCAUCAAUACUUUCAGCAACAAAGACAACAAAAAACAAGAAUUAAUUAAAGGCGAUUCUAUUAUCGACGUCAAGACACAACCACUCAACAUUUCAGAUACAAAAAUGAAAGGCCAAAUUAAUUAAAACUUUUGUCGCUUUCUUUCUUUCCUGCUCACCCCGCCUUUAAAAUUAAUAUCCUUUUCUCAAAACAUUCGCCACAUCACCGCCGUCUACCAAGCCCUAGAACAACGAAGUGUUAUGGCUCAUGUUUUGACUGUGGCUCCCUACGAAUCACCGUGACAUUUUUUUUCUUUUAAGAGUGAAAGAAAAAAAAAUGAGAUGACGUAAAGACAAAGAAGUGAGGAGAAAGGACGAGAAAAGGGGAAUGGUGGUUGGUGUGAGUCCUCUACACCAGUGGUUCCCAACCUUUUCAAAGCCACGAAUCAGUCGAGCAAGUGAAAAAAAUUCUGCAGACCAGUACCAUAGGCAUAGAUCCAAGCAUACACUGACAUCUAUGUAGUCCAAAUACACAUUUUUUUUUUUUAGCAAUUUAAAAUUCAGUGGGACAAUGCCAUGUAAUGUAAUGUUUCACAUUAUACAAAGUAAAGUGACUAUAAAGGCUAAAUUAUUCAAAUGGACGCCAUGAGAGGAAAAAAAUAAUACACUUACUACAGCACUUAGUACUACAGCAGACAUGGAAAAGACUAGCUGUCAUGGUGAUAGAUUCAUGUACCUAUUGCAAGGUCUAUCAAUACACCAAAACGUAAUAUCUCAUAUUUUAAAAAUGAAAUUAGAAAUCCGAUCUCCCUCUCGCUAGCUUUAGCUCCUCUUUUCUUUCUUUCUUCAAUCUUUCUUCUUUUCUCUCGUUCUCUCUUCUUUCUUUUUUCUUCUUUCUUUCUCGUCUGUUCGGCGGGUGUUGCAUCAUACUCGAAACAUUUCUUUCAAUUUUUAUUUCAUUAUAACUACUUAUUUGAAAAAUAAAAUGUUUUGACAGA